GUUUAAGUGUCAAGCUGUAUACACGUGCUGUUUAUAUUUUGUUUGUUUUUAAAUAACAUACUAUUUUCAAAAAAUUUUUCAGUAAGCUGAUUUACUUAAGUUUAUAACAGAAAUGGCAGUUCAUAUUAAAAUGAAAGAAGUAUUUGAGGUAGAAUCAAAUUUCGGAGCCUUCUUUACAAGUGGUACUAUAUGCUGGUCAAAAGAUGGCAAAGAAAUAUUUUGCCAAAAUUCGGCAGAAAUUAAUGUUAUAAACGUUGAUAACGGGAAAAUUGUUAAGAAAAUAACGCAGCAGGAGAUUGAGGGGUUAGAAGAAGACAUCAUAUACACUUUUGCACUAAGUUCAGAUGAUGAACAUAUACUUACAGCGCACAGAAGUGGCUUAUUAAAGUUGUGGUCGAGAAAAGGAGAGCAAAUAAAAAUGUGGAAAGGUUCACAUAAAGGGCCUAUAUCAAAAGUCGUUUUUAGAUCUCGUAGUUCUAUAAUCGCUACCGGAGGUUCAGAUUCUUCAAUUCGUGUGUGGGAUUACGAUAAGAAAUCAUGCUUGAUAUCAUUUCGAGAUAGUGUUGGCGUUAUUAGCGUCUUAGAAUUCCACCCGGAUUUAGAAAAAACACAAAUUUUCGCUGCUGGAGAUGAUUAUAAAAUUAAUUGUUGGGACUAUAGUCAAAAAGUUUUGCUAGCAACAUUUUCUGGACAUUUUUCUAAAGUUACAGACUUGUCUUUCACUUAUGAUUUUAAAAACCUUGUUUCCGUUGGCAGGGACAAAGUUUUGAUUUUAUGGAAUUUAGAAACAAAGGAAAAGGUUCGAGUGAUUCCCAUUUACGAAACAUUAGAAGGUGUAAAAAUUUUACAAAACAAUAUAAAACUUCCUAAUGGCUUUGAUCUGGGAGAGGAAAAGAAUUUAAAUAAAAUAUUUGUAGCGGUUGCAGGAGAAGGAGGUGCGAUUCAAAUUUGGGAAUGUACAGAAUCAAAAAUUAUUUUUAUGCAAGUCAAUAGUUGCAUAUCUAAAGCAAAGGAGGAAGGCAGUUUAGCUAUCACACAAUUAUUAUACUGUCCUGUAACUAACCAAUUAUGUGUAGUCAGCAUUGAUCAUAACAUUAUAAUCCAUAAUAUACCCACAUUUCAUUGUGCAAAACAAUUAAUUGGUUUCAGUGAUGAAAUUUUGGAUGUUUGCUUUGUUGGAAAAAAGAGUAAAUACCUCGCAGUUGCAACUAACAGCAGUGAUAUAAAAUUUUAUGAUACGUGUAACAUGAAUUGCCAAAUAUUAAAAGGACACAGUGAUAUUGUAUUAUCUUUGGCAUCAUAUAAAAAUUUACUGCUCUCAUCCGCCAAAGAUAAUUCUAUAAGAAUAUGGGAAGUUAAUACUGGAAAUUUUUCUGUACGAUGUGUAGCGAAAGGUAUUAAACAUACCGCGAGUGUUGGAUCUGUGACUUUUGGAAAAAUUUCACAUACUAAGUGCGCUUCAGUUAGUCAAGAUACUUGCUUAAAAGUUUGGGAAGUUCCAAAAUCUUUUGAGGAAGAUAAUGUUAUAUCAUUAACUUGUUUAAAUACUGUUAUUGCACAUGAAAAGGAUAUUAAUUGCGUUGCAAUAUCACCCAAUGAUCGUCUUAUAGCAACAGCAUCCCAAGAUAAAACAGCGAAGUUAUGGUCAGUAGAUGAUUUACAACUUUUGGGCACAUUGCGUGGGCACAAAAGAGGUGUCUGGUGUGUACGAUUUUCUCCAGUAGAUCAGGUAAUUUUAUCGACAUCGGCUGAUUGUACCGUUCGAUUAUGGUCGGUUUCCGAUAUGUCAUGCUUGAAGUCUUUUGAAGGCCACGAAAGUUCAGUUUUAUGUGCUGAUUUUUUAAACCGAGGCUUACAGUUUUUAUCUGCUGGUGCAGAUGGUCUUAUUAAAUUAUGGACUAUUAAAAAUAAUGAAUGUAACGGUACUUUUGAAAAACAUGAAUCAAGGAUAUGGGCCCUCGCAGUACAUCCAGAUGAAACGCAUUUUUUUAGCGGCGGCUCAGAUUCCUGCCUAAUUAAAUGGAACGACGUUACAGAAGAGAAAAAAAUUGCUGAAUUUAAUGCACAACAGGAAAUCGUAUUACAAGAACAGGAACUAAAUAAUCUGCUAGUUCAGAAGAAAACGUUAAAAGCUUUAAAAUUAGCUCUUAAACUAGAAAAACCCUUUUUGACUUUGAAAAUUAUAAACGAAAUAAUGAAGAACAAAGAAAUGGGACUGGACGAGACCGUUUUAUCAUUAAACGAUUUACAUAAAGAAAAUUUAUUAAAACAUGCGAUAACGUGGAACACGAAUAGUAAAAACUGUAGAGCAGCUCAAUUGAUUCUAAAUAUUUUACUUAAGGAAAUUUUAGCAAAUAAAUUUAAAGUAACUGGUCUUGAAAAAAUGGUUGAGGAAGCUCUUCCUUAUACAGAAAGGCAUUUCAGACGUGUAACCGAAUAUUUAAAAGAUUUGAAAUUCAUUGAAUUUACUUUAAAGUGUAUGCAACCCUAUGGUAAAAUGGAAGUAGAUGAAAGUGAUAGUAAUUAAAAAAUAUUGUAAUAUGCAAGUUGUGUAUAUAUAAAAGACCUCCGAAAAUUUCUUAAAAUUUUUUUUAAGAUAUGUUCAUAUACAUAUGUAUAUAUUUUUAAUAAAUUAAAUUUUUAUGGAUAUAUUAAUUAACAGGAUUUUUUACUGAAUCAAUGUUUUGAUUAUUUCUUUUAUUAAUUAAUUACG